AUGACCGACGUGCAGCCACAAUCCUCCGAUUCUGACGACAAACACUCGCCUGAAAUCGCUUGCAGGUCUAAUGAACCUGAUCGCGCUUGGUCUACCGCAAUUACUAGUGAGUCAAUUAUGUCUCAACGCAUGCAAGGUGCAGAUAUUGAGUCGAUCCAGCUACCCAACAAGUCCGACGUGAACGAUCCCGCGACAUAUAAACGCAGUCAAGACUCCAAUUGGAAAAACAAAGGACUAGAUGACAUUUAUAGCAUGUGGGAUAAACUGGUACCUGUAAAUGAUUUGCCCAAGUUCGAAGAAAUGGGUCUCUUUUUGGUCGAGCAUAACCCUCAGACAGCUCGUGAGCUCGAAAAAGUAUUUGUUCUGUUGCGACGAAAAUUUAAGUGUCUUCCUAAAAAGUCCCAAAUGAAGUUCGCGCUGAAUGUCUUAGUACAGAAGGGUUUAGCUCCAAAAGGCCUUGCACUGGAAAAGUUGUUGGUGAAAAAAGCGUUAAAGAGUCAAUCAGGUGUCCUUGUUGUUACGGUGCUCACGAGUCCAUAUCCCAUGGUUAAUGGGAAAAAGCAGAAGUUUAGCUGCCAAUGGAAUUGCUACUACUGUCCAAAUGAGCCUGACCAGCCCAGAAGCUACUUGCAUGACGAGCCAAGUGUCCUGCGAGCGAAUCGUAACGAUUUUGACCCAGUAUUGCAGUUUUGCGAUCGCUGUGUGACGCUUGCAAUGAAUGGCCAUCCAGUAGACAAAAUCGAGCUUCUUGUACUUGGUGGUACAUGGGCGAGUUACCCUAUCGAGUACCAGGAAAACUUUAUCAGGGAUUUGUUUUACGCGGCUAAUACUUUUUUCGACAGAGAGAAACGACAGCGACACAGUUUGGAAGCUGAAAAGCUAGAGAAUGAAACAGCGGCAGUGAAAAUUAUUGGCAUCACGCUUGAGACGCGUCCAGAUUGCAUUACGCCCGACGAGCUGCGUCGAUUCCGUCGAUAUGGAUGUACACGUGUACAAUUGGGUAUUCAGCAUACAGACGAUACUAUUUUAAAGAAGAUCAAUCGAGGACACACACUUAAAGAGGCAGUGCAAGCCUUAAAACUCCUUCGUGACUGUUGCUAUAAAACAGAUAUCCAUUUAAUGCCAAAUCUACCUGGUAGUGACCCAGAAAAAGAUCGUGCGAUGUUUGAUUACGUACUACAUUCGCCCGACUUGCAGGCAGAUCAGUGGAAAAUUUAUCCUUGUGAAAUCACACCAUGGACGGUAAUUAAAAAGUGGUACGAUCAAGGCAGCUAUGUGCCGUACGGAGACGAAGAUCUUAUUGAAUUGCUGAUAGAUGUCAAGGCUCAAGUGCAUCCAUGGAUUCGUCUGAAUCGAGUGAUUCGCGAUAUUCCUAGCCAAUACAUUUUAGGAGGAAUGGAUGAACCGAAUUUGCGUCAAGUAAUUGGAAUUAAAAUGUUGGAGCGAGGAACACCGUGCAAGUGUAUUCGGUGUAGAGAGGUUAGAACAGAUGAUGCAGCCAUCGCAUCUGCUGAAUGCGUCGUUCGACAGUACAAAGCCAACGAGGGUGAUGAGUACUUUAUCAGUUUUGAAACUUCAGACCGUUCAAAAAUUUGUGGUUUUGCUCGCUUGCGUCUUUCGCCGACUUCCGGUGGUGGUAUCUUUCCGGAGCUAGAAGGCGCUGCAUUGGUCCGGGAACUUCACGUUUACGGUCAACUUGUGGCAGCCACUACCAAGUCAAAGACGAAAACCAGUGAAUCUUUGGUUGUCACGAAGAGCUCGCAUGCGCAACACACGGGCUUUGGUACACAAUUGAUGAUCAAAGCGGAAGAGAUUGCUCGAGCCCAUGGAUACAAAAAGAUGGCUGUGAUUGCGGGUGUAGGUGUCCGAAACUUUUACAGACGAUUGGGAUUUGAAAUAGAGGGAGAAGGGGAACUGAUGAUCAAGCACCUGGACGAACUGCCGCCAACAAACGUGUGGUCAAAAACAACCUCGUUUGUGAGUCACAGUUUUGGUAGAAUUUAUGCAGACAGCCAGCUCCGUACAGCUGCUACAGUGGGAGUUCUGAUUGUUGGUGUGGCGGCAGCAACUUUUUUUCGUAAGAAGUAG